GCUCGGGACGGUGCGUCCGGCCUCGCCCGCGGCUCCCCGCCGGACAAGUUAGAACAAUGAUCACAGUCAACCCCGAUGGGAAGAUAAUGGUCAGAAGAUGCCUGGUCACCCUGAGACCCUUUCGGCUUUUUGUCCUGGGCAUCGGCUUCUUCUCGCUCUGCUUCCUGAUGACGUCUCUGGGAGGCCAGUUCUCAGCCCGGCGGCCCGGGGACUCCCCGUUCACCAUCCGCACGGAAGUGACGGGUGGGCUGGAGUCCCGGGGAGUCCUCCGCAAGAUGGGCGACCUGUUGGAGCUGAUGCUGAAACGCAUGGACGCGCUGGCCAGACUGGAGAAUAGCAGCGAGCUGCACCGCGCCGCCAGUCACGGGCACCUGGCCCUGGACAGGUUGCCCCCUGGGGCCGGCCUCAUGGAGCGGAUCCAGGCCAUCGCCCAGAACGUCUCGGACAUCGCCGUGAAGGUGGACCAGAUCCUGCGCCACAGCCUUCUCCUGCACAGCAAGGUGUCUGAAGGCCGGCGGGACCAGUGUGAGGCGCCCAGUGACCCCAAGUUCCCUGACUGCUCGGGGAAGGUGGAGUGGAUGCGCGCGCGCUGGACCUCGGACCCCUGCUACGCCUUCUUCGGGGUGGACGGCACCGAGUGCUCCUUCCUCGUCUACCUCAGCGAGGUCGAGUGGUUCUGCCCCCCGCUGCCCUGGAGGAACCAGACGGCCGCCCGGGCGGCCCCCAAGGCCCUCCCCAAAGUCCAGGCAGUUUUCCGGAGCAACUUGUCCCACCUCCUGGAGCUGAUGGGCAGCGGGAAGGAGUCUCUCAUCUUCAUGAAGAAACGGACCAGGCAGCUCACGGCCCAGUGGGCGACGGCCGCCCAGCGCCUGGCGCGGAAGCUGGGGGGCGUCCAGAGGGACCAGAAGCAGAUCCUCGUCCACAUCGGCUUCCUGACGGAGGAGUCUGGGGACGUGUUCAGCCCGAGGGUGCUGAAGGGCGGGCCCCUGGGGGAGAUGGUGCAGUGGGCGGACAUCCUGGCCGCUCUGUACGUCCUGGGCCACGGCCUGCGGGUCACAGUGUCCCUGAAGGAGCUGCAGAGUAACUUAGGGGUACCGCCAGGCCGGGGGAACUGCCCGCUGACCGUGCCCCUGCCCUUCGACCUCAUCUACACCGACUACCACGGCCUGCAGCAGAUGAAGCAGCACAUGGGGCUGUCCUUCAAGAAGUACCGGUGCCGCAUCCGGGUCAUCGACACCUUCGGGACGGAACCCGCGUACAACCACGAGGAGUACGCCACGCUCCACGGUUACCGGACCAACUGGGGCUACUGGAACCUCAACCCCAAGCAGUUCAUGACCAUGUUCCCUCACACCCCGGACAACUCCUUCAUGGGCUUCGUGUCCGAGGAGCUCAGCGAGACGGAGAAGCAGCUCAUCAAAGGCGGCAAGGCCAACAACAUGGCCGUGGUGUACGGCAAGGAGGCGAGCAUCUGGAAGGGCAAGGAGAAGGUCCUGGGCAUCCUGAGCAGGCACAUGGAGGUCCACGGCACCGUGUACUACGAAAGCCAGAGGCCCCCCGAGGUCCCUGCCUUCGUGAAGAACCACGGCCUCCUGCCGCAGCCCGAGUUCCAGCAGCUGCUGCGCAAGGCCAAGCUCUUCGUAGGGUUCGGCUUCCCCUACGAGGGCCCCGCGCCGCUGGAAGCCAUCGCCAACGGCUGCGUCUUCCUGCAGUCCCGCUUCAACCCACCCCACAGCUCCCUCAACCACGAGUUCUUCCGCGGCAAACCCACGUCCAGAGAGGUGUUCUCCCAGCACCCGUACGCGGAGAGCUUCAUCGGCAAGCCCCACGUGUGGACCGUGGACUACAACAACUCGGAGGAGUUCGAGGCGGCCAUCAAGGCCAUCAUGAGAAGCCAGGUAGACCCCUACCUGCCCUACGAGUACACCUGUGAGGGGAUGCUGGAGCGAGUCCACGCCUACAUCCAGCACCAGGACUUCUGUGCGGCCCCAGGCCUUGCGCCGCCAGGGGCCCGAGCCCCCCAGAGCCCCUUCGUCCUGGCCCCCAAUGCCACCCACCUUGAGUGGGCCCGGAACUCCAGCCUGGCCCCCGGCGCCUGGCCGCCCGCGCACUCGCUCCGGGCCUGGCUGGUGGCCGCGGGGCGGGCCUGCACCGAUGCCUGCCUGGACCGCGGGCUCAUCUGCGAGCCCGCCUUCUUCCCCUUCCUCAACAGCCGGGACGCCUUCCAGAAGCUGCAGGUGCCCUGCGACAGCACCGAGUCGGGGACGAACCACCUGUACCCGGCCCUCGCCCAGCCCGGCCAGGAGUGCUUCCUGCAGAAGGAGCCCCUGCUGUUCAGCUGCGCCGGCUCCAGCACCAAGUACCGCCGCCUCUGUCCCUGCCGAGACUUCCGCAAGGGCCAGGUGGCCCUGUGCCGGGACUGUCUGUGAGGGCGCCCCGGCCGGCCCUCCCUGCUGCAGGAGAACGCACCAGCAGAUUCCGAGCUCCAGCCACCCCUGCCCCCGACAACUCUGACAGCGACACCGCAGGCUGGAGCUGCCUCCCUUGGCCGGGACGUGGGCAGAGCGGGCGUGGGCGCACGUGGCGAGGGAAGGCAGCGAGUCCCAGAGCCGGUGCAGGCUCUUCCUUCUCAUCCCAGGGGCUCGCGGCGGAGGCAGGGCCAAGCAGCUGUGGGAGUGUCGGAGGCUCCUGACGGCCCAGGCGCACGUGGUCCGAGGUCCCUCGCUUUGUGCAAGGCCGGAUCUGGUGCAGACGGAGAGUCCGGCUGGGACCCAGGAGGGGGCUCUUGCUGCAUAAGACAGAGCGGGCGCGACGCCUGCCCGAUGGCCCCCUGAAGGGCCCAGGGAGCACGGUCGGCCUUGACCCUCUGCAGUUGUUUGGGGCGUGGCCAGGAGGGGCCGGGGACCCUGUUCAUGCCUCCUCUUAGCUGUACCCCUCCCUGCCGCACUGGGGACCCGAGUUGGAGGUGCAGGGCCCCCAGACCCCGGCUGGAUUGUUUCCCUCUUCUGCUUGUUCCAACUCCCUUCACGCUCGACGCCUUCUGAACCUCAUCCUGGCGGGACUCGAUUCCAGACCUCGGGUUUGUUCCCAAAGCCUCAGUUUCCCCACGCCCUCCCGCCAGCCCCUGAGAACAGGCGCUCGGAUCCCUUCCCAGCAUCUAUUGCAGGCAAAGGCUUGGGGCGGAGCGUCUGCCCCGUCACACCCCUGGCCCCGCCCCUGGCUGCCCAGGCCCGCUAGACCCCCUGUGGCCCCCACCCCAUCAGCGCUGCGCCCAUGUCCCCCCAGCCUCCAGCCACCUCUGGAUCUGCGUGUCCACCGCUGUGCGGCAUGCCUGCCCCUGCGCCGGGGCGCCCCGUCCCCCGACCCCAUG